AUGUCUUUAUUCUCAUUAACCGGUAAAGUGGUUGUCAUCACAGGUGCAACAAGAGGGAUUGGACAAGGAAUGGCCAUCGGUUUAGCAGAAGCUGGUGCUGAAUUGAUUAUAGUUCAUAGAAAAUCCACAGAUCCUUCAUCAACUGUUGAACAAGUCAAAUCCAAAGGUGUUAACGUCUCUACUGUGAUUGCAGAUGUGCUGAUUGAUUCAGAAGUUGAUACUAUAUUAACACAAUCUUUAUCAAAAUCUUCAACUGGUAAAAUUGAUGUCUUAAUAAAUAAUGCUGGAAUUUAUAAUGAACAAAGUCCAGCUGAAGAUUCAACAGAUGAAACAUGGGAAAAGGUUUUACAAGUUAAUAUAACCUCUGUGUAUAAAUUAUCAAGAUCAUUUGGUAAAUAUUGGAUUUCAAAUAAGCAAAAAGGUAAAAUUAUAAACACAGCUUCUUUAUUUUCGUUUAUUGGUGGUCAAGAAGUUAUUGCAUAUACAGCUUCAAAAGGUGCAAUUAGAUCUCUUACUCAAGGGUUAUCAAAUGAAUGGGCUUCAAAAGGUAUAAACGUUAAUUCUAUAGUCCCUGGUUUCAUUAUAACUGAUAUGACUGCUCAUGCUCAUGCAAAUGAAGAUCAAACUAAAUAUAAUAAAAUCUUGGAAAGAAUUCCACAAGGUAAAUGGGGUAAACCUGAAGAUUUUAAAGGUCCAAUUGUAUUUUUAUCAAGUGAAGCUAGUGAUUACGUUACUGGUGAUUCUUUAUUUGUUGAUGGUGGGUUUUUAGCAAAUUAA